CCAAGUUUAAAUAUGUUCGCAGUUACCCACUUCAAUCAAAACAAGUUAAGAGUGAUUACGUACAACACGAAAUACAAUUAUUUAUUACGACAUACAGAAAUAUAUAGGCGAACAUAAAAAAAAUUGUGAUCGAAACAUUUUAGGUGAUAUUUAUUGUGAUAUUGAUUGUUGUUAAUUAGUUAGUUAGAGUUAAAUAAUGAAUCUGUCUUUCGCCGGUUGCGGUUUUUUGGGAAUUUACCAUGUCGGAGUUGCGUGUUGUUUUCGAAAAUACGCGCCCCAUUUAUUGCUGGACAAAAUUUCCGGUGCGUCCGCUGGCGCUAUUGCAGCUUGCUGCUUGAUAUGCGAUUUACCAAUAGGUGAUAUGACCAGCGAUGUUCUGCGGGUCUGCACAGAAGCUCGUAGUCGGUCUCUAGGAGCAUUUUCUCCAUCAUUUAACAUAAAUAAACUACUUUUAGAAAAUCUAGAAAAAUUCUUACCAGAAGAUGCACAUAUAAUGUGUACCGGAAAAUUACAUGUCUCUCUUACGAGGGUGCACGAUGGCAAAAAUGUUGUGGUCUCAGAAUUUGACUCGAGGGAAGAUCUAAUACAAGUUCUUUUAUCAUCAGCGUUUAUACCAUUUUUCUCGGGGCUGAUACCACCAAAGUUCAAAGGUGUGCGUUACAUGGAUGGAGGUUACAGCGACAAUUUGCCCACAUUAGACGAAAAUACCAUCACAGUUAGUCCAUUUUGCGGAGAGAGUGACAUUUGUCCGAGAGAUGACAGUUCACAGUUGUUCCACAUAAACAUCGCAAACACAAGCAUAGAAUUGUCAAAACACAACAUGUACAGGAUAGUAAGAAUUCUAUUUCCUCCCAGACCUGAAGUUUUGUCAAACAUGUGUAAACAAGGUUUCGACGAUGCUCUCAGAUUUUUGCACAGAAACAAUCUUAUUAACUGCACCAGGUGUUUGGCAGUACAAUCAACUUUUGUAGUAUCAGAAACUUUAGACGAAGAACUAGAAUAUGACCCUCAAUGCAAAGAAUGCAAGUUACAUAGACAGGAAGCUCUGGUGUCCAACGUUCCGGAAUCAGUCCUCAGCAAAUUCCAAGAAGCGAUAGAUAAGGCUAACAAUGGCUUGUUGAAUUGGCUUUUCAAACACAGGGGCAUGAAAUUGUUGUCUGUGCUUACGUUACCGUACACUUUGCCAGCAGAUGUUAUGUAUGCUACUUUCACAAAAUUAAUGAUGUCAGCUCCACAACUUGGUAACGGAGCAUGGGAAUUAAGCAAAGUUUUUAUGGAUAAAUUGUCCUAUCUACUUAAUAAAAUAAAUAGAAAGAGACAGCAACUCAGCGCCAAAAUCACCUGCCAGUUAGCCAUUACCGAAUAUGGAAAAAAUAAGUACGAUGUGGAAUCUUGUCAGGAUUUGAAGAGUGAAAAUAAAAUGAAUUUGAACUUCACACUUAAAUUAGAAGACAGCGAUUUGCCUUUAAAUCAAAGCCCAGUAAGGAAAUUCAACACAAAGGAAAUUCUACAAAGAAAACCCAGUUUCACAAUAAAUAGGACCGAUACUAUGGACAACGAUACAUUUGAUCACAUUUUACAUGUCACAUCACAACACGAUACGAUAAUGGCUUACUAUUAUUUGGACGAAAAUAAUAAGGUUAAAGUCACAGAAAUAUUCGACGUAACCGAUAGCGAUUCUCCAAUUGUUCAGACUUCUCACGAGAGAAGUGCCAACAAAAACUUGGAGUUUGACGAUGAUUGGCCUGACCACGCUGAAUCAGAUUGGAACCCGGACUUGGGCGACGAUGGAUCCCAAUACGACAUCGACGACAUCCUCGAUAACGAACCAAUUUUUUCUGAUCCAGAAAGCGAAUGGGCGGAUACCUGUAAAAUAGAAGAAACGGGAGAUGAUCUUUUUACCACUAAUGAUCAUCGUCCAGAGUCAGAUCGCAGAGGUGAAAAUAUUCCAAAAUGGAACAAAGAUUUCAAAAUACCAUCCAUGGUUUAUAAAGAAGAUACGUAGAGCGAAAAUUUUACAAUUUUAAACAUACAUUUCAGUCAGCUACAAUGUUAAUGCUGCAAUGCUUUUCAAAAUGAUUUAUUUGGUUGUGAAAAAAUGUAAAAAUAAUUUCUAUUUUAUUCUAUACUAUGAGAAAAUAAAAAUUCCAACCUGUCUUAGUGCAAAUACAAAUUGCAACUGUAUAAAAAUAAACGCUGUUGCUAGGUACACGCUAAUGUGUACAAAAAUUAAAAAAUUAUAUACACGCGAAACGUUAUAUUGCUAUGGUGGGAGGUGUUUGUGUGAAUGCGUCUUGUUUGUUUUCAUUGACGCCGUAGCACUAGCACAGUAGUGUUUUAUAAACCUUAGAAGCAAAUUUCACAUACAUGAACAAAUAAUAAUAAUAAUAAUGCCGUGACAACAAGAAAACGAAGCAACGACUUUUCGUAGGGUGGCGGCUUCGCCGCCACAAAAAAAUUUCAAUCCAUACCCAGCUUCGUAGCUACGACCGGCGUAAACACCAAUGGCCCGCACACAGCUCACCUACUCUGUCAAGACGUUUCGCGUGUAUAUAAAUUUUUGAAUUGCGUACAAUUUAGCGUGUACCUAGACACUGUGAAAAAUGCAUAACCAAAAAAUAUAAAGGACAAUUAGGAUCAUCUAGUAAACAAAUAUACAUAUUUUAAGUUUUCAUAAUUACUCAUAGAAAAUUAAGACUUUAGCCAUAAUUUGCAUUUUAAGUGAAGGUACCUUUCGUUAAUUGUUUGGUGUCAAUGAUUCGUUAAGUGAAAAACAAAAAAAAAAUAAUAAUAAUAAUAAUAUAGUAUUCUUACUGACAUCACCUAUUUUAAGCUAAUCUAUAAAAACAUGUUUUUGAUAAUUACCUUCAAUAAAAUAAAAAAAUUGUAAAAUCGCAAAAUUGAUCAUCUAUCACGUUUAUAUUCAUAUUUGAAUAUCUAAUAUAACAUCAUAAAAAACAAAAAAAAAACAAAAAAAAAACAAAAUACAAAACUAUAAAAUAUAAUUUAUU